AUGUUAAAGACAUUCUCAAAUGGAGUUUCCUGUUAUUCAUGUUGUAGUUUUAAUUGGAUGGCUACAUCACUGAUAAUUGGUACAUCGAUGAUGUUUCGAUUUUUUGAUAGUUCAGCCAAUCAGUUAAUUACAGAAGGAGGAAUUAUCGAUACCAUCCGAAAAUCGGCUCAAAGUCAUGAUCCAAUGGUCGUAAUGAAUUGGCGGUUGGAUGCUAGUCGAACGGCCUUUGCGAAAUUUAAUGUUUCUACAGCUUGA